AUGAUGACGCGAAGAAUAGUCCGCACGCUCUCACAGCUCGCCGCCGCCGUGACGUUCACCUUGAUCGUCAUCUUUUUCCUCGACAGAAACUACCGGGUACUCCCCAAUGCCAUCCAUGGCUACAUGCCUUCCCAUCACCCGGGUCUCGUCAUUACCGACGUCACCGUUGUACAGUGCUCCAGCUUGAACCUCUUUUCAUCAUGCGACCUCGACCCGACAAUCUGGCACCGCAUCGACAAGGAACUCUACCUCGGACGGGCCUGGACGUCAAAGGCCUACCUCUACAUCAGUCGCAAGCACGAACGAGACCUAACGUCAGAGGACAAAGUAGUCAUGGAUAUCUCCGUCGGACGCUUGAACCCUGCAGAAGCCAAAAGCGCCAAGGCCCCAAAGACCAAGGAAGAAUGGGAAUCCCGCCCAGCCGGUCUGUGGAUCAAGCGAUCCGACGGCAAAAAGUCCAGCGACUCCGACGAUGUCGUCACCAACGUCGACGUCCUCUUCGGCGACGACGCCGUCGAAGCGCGUGAUGGCUGGGCAAUAACAGGAACCCAGUUGCUGCUCGACACCGGCGGCCCCCUUCUCAGCAUCCACCUCAGCAUCCGCCGCGGCGCGCCCAAGGAGCGUAAGAAGCCCGAGCCCAGAAUCGGAAACAAUGGCAAAUUCAAAAUCAUGCAAAUCAGCGACCUCCAUCUCAGCAACGGCGUAGGCGAAUGCCGCGAACCAGUGCCCGACGGCUACGCAGGCGGGAAAUGCGAAGCCGAUCCCCGGACUCUCAACUUUGUCAACAAGAUGCUCGAAGAGGAGAAGCCCGACUUUGUCGUCCUCAGCGGCGACCAGGUCAAUGGCGACUCGGCGCCCGACGCACCGACCGCCAUGUUCAAGAUUGCAUCCAUCCUCAUCAAGCGCAAAAUCCCGUACGCCGGCAUCUUCGGCAACCACGACGACGAAAAGACCAUGUCGCGCGCCCGCCAAAUGGCCCUCAUGGAAUCCCUGCCCUACUCCCUCUCCCGCCCGGGGCCGGCCGACAUCGACGGCAUCGGAAACUACUACGUCGAGAUCCUGGCGCGCAGCGGCCAACACUCCGCCAUAACAAUGUACCUCAUGGACACGCACGCCUACUCUCCAGAUGAGCGCAAAUACCCCGGGUAUAACUGGCUCAAACCAAACCAGAUCGAGUGGUUCCGCAAAACCGCCGCGAGUCUCAAGAAGGCUCACUCGGAAUACAGCCACACCCACAUGGACAUCGCCUUCAUCCACAUCCCGCUCACGGAAUACGCGAGCCCCGAGCUGCCCCGCGUAGGCGAAUGGAAGGAGGGCGUCACAGCGCCAGUGUACAACUCCGGGUUCCGAGACGCCCUCGUCGAGCAGGGCGUCCUCAUGGUCAGCGCAGGACACGACCACUGCAACGACUACUGCCUCCUUUCCCUGCAGAACGUCACCCGGCCCGACGCAAGGUCCCACCCCGACCAACAGCCACCGCCCCAGAUCCAGAAACCCGCCCUGUGGAUGUGCUACGCCGGCGGCGCCGGGUUCGGCGGCUACGCCGGCUACGGGGGGUACAUACGGCGGCUGCGCGUCUUCGAAGUCGACACCAACGUGGCGAGCAUCACCACCUGGAAGCGCGUCGAGCACGGCAGGACCGCCGACAAGAUCGACUGGCAGGUCAUUGUGGACGGGGGCAGACCCGUGCCUCCGCCCCCUCCGCCCCCCUCUCCCUCUGACAAGCCGCCUGCUCCUGCUCCGCCGCCGCCUGUGCAGGAUAUACACGAGUAG